AUGGGUUCAAUUCCUAUAAGGGUGACAUCUUAUAGAGCAGCCAUGAGUGGAAAUUGGAAAAGCAUGCUUGCCCAUUAUCAGGAACGUGUCCUAGAUGUGCCCUUGCCAGUUACGCUCUCUGCGGAUACUGCACUUCAUUUAGCUGUGUACAAAUCCCUUGUACCUGAGACAGAGUCCCAAGUACCUGAGACAGAGUCCCACGUACCUGAGAUUGAAAUUCUCAAGAGAAAAAACAAAUUUGGAAAUACGGCUCUUCACGAGGCAACCAUCUAUGGGAAUUACGAGGCUGCAAGGCUCUUGGUAGAACGUUGUCCAGACCUGCUUCUGAUUCGAAAUGAGUUCGGUGAAACCCCAUUGUUUACAGCCGCUGGAUUUGCUGAGGCAGAAAUAGUGGAGUUUUUAAUCAGGUCCAAACCAGAACAAUGCGUGGAUGAUAAGUGCCGCCUGUUAUCAAUUCACCACAAGAGAACGGAAGAUGACUUGUCCAUCCUUAGCGCUGCUAUCAGAGGUCAACACUUUGAAACAGCUUUAAUGUUGCUAGAACUGGAUGACACGCUCCACAAAUUGAAGGACAAAGACGGCGUAACUGCUCUUCAACUUCUAGCUCAAAUGCCAACCGCUUUUGAGAGUGGAUUUCCCAUGGGCAUAUUUGGAAGACUCAUCUACUGCUGCCUUCCUGUUAAACGUCACCACAAGGUAAAAUCACAGGAAAGAAAGAUGCCGGAGAGGAAACCAAGAGGCGGCAUACUCAAAUAUUUAAAGGUCCCUAAAGGUGUGGGACAAAAUUGA